AGGCGUCAUGGUUCCCGACGGGCGCUGCUCCCUGGCGCGCUCUGUUGAGGCGCCGGCCGGCUAGCGCAGUCCUGUGGGCGGCGUGGCGCUUGCAAGCGCAGGAAGAGUCCUGGGGGGACCGCGGUGGGCGGGAGACCGUUGGCGUCGGCGCUUCCUCUUUCUCCCGGCUUGUUCCCGACGGUGCUCGCUCCUGGGCCCGUCCUGGCCCGGGCUUUCUGGCCGAUUGCGCGCCCCGUAGUACCCGCGCGGCCUAGUUCUCGGGGGCUUGGGCACCCGGGUGCUUUAUUGGCGGGUUUCUUCCCAUCUCCUGGCGGCGGAGGUCGUACUUCCUUGGCCUGGAGGAACCCAGUGGGGACUGACGCAGCUCCGGGUGAGCUUUGGCGGCUGUGUCGAGUGACAACGUAGGCAUCUCAGCGCGGACAUUUGCAGUGGCUGACCAGCCAGGCUGGUCUCAAACUCCUGACCUCAGAAGUCAAUGAAAGGAUUCUAUUUUGCAAAGCUGUAUUAUGAAGCUAAAGAAUAUGAUCUUGCUAAAAAAUACAUAUGUACUUACAUUAAUGUGCAACAGUGGGAUCCCAGAGCUCACAGAUUUCUGGGUCUUCUUUAUGAAUUGGAAGAAAACACAGAGAAAGCCGUUGAAUGUUAUAGGCGUUCAGUGGAAUUAAACCCAACACAAAAAGAUCUUGUGUUGAAGAUUGCAGAAUUGCUUUGUAAAAAUGAUGUUACUGAUGGAAGAGCAAAAUACUGGGUUGAAAGAGCCAGUAAACUUUUCCCAGGAAGUCCUGCAAUUUAUAAACUAAAGGAACAGCUUCUAGAUUGUGAAGGUGAAGAUGGAUGGAGUAAACUUUUUGACUUGAUUCAGUCAGAACUUCAUGUAAGACCUGAUGACGUCCAUGUGAACAUCCGGCUAGUGGAGUUGUAUCGCUCAAAGAAAAGAUUGAAGGAUGCUGUGGCCCACUGCCAUGAGGCAGAGAGGAACAUAGCUUUGCGUUCAAGUUUAGAGUGGAAUUCGUGUGUUGUACAGACCCUUAAGGAAUAUCUGGAGUCUUUACAGUGUUUGGAGUCUGAUAAAAGUGACUGGCGAGCAACCAAUACAGACUUACUGCUGGCCUAUGCUAAUCUUAUGCUUCUUACGCUUUCCACUAGAGAUGUGCAGGAAAGUAGAGAAUUACUGGAAAGUUUUGAUAGUGCUCUUCAGUCUGCGAAAUCUUCUUUGGGUGGAAAUGAUGAACUGUCAGCUACUUUCUUAGAAAUGAAAGGACAUUUCUAUAUGUAUGCUGGUUCUCUGCUCUUGAAGAUGGGUCAGCAUGGUAAUAAUGUUCAAUGGCGAGCUCUUUCUGAGCUGGCUGCAUUGUGCUAUCUCAUAGCAUUUCAGGUUCCAAGACCAAAGAUUAAAUUAAUAAAAGGUGAAGCUAGACAAAAUCUGCUGGAAAUGAUGGCCUGUGACCGACUGAGCCAAUCAGGGCAUAUGUUGCUAAACUUAAGUCGUGGCAAGCAAGAUUUUUUAAAAGAGAUUGUUGAAACUUUUGCCAACAAAAGCGGGCAGUCUGUGUUAUAUGAUGCUCUGUUUUCUAGUCAGUCACCUAAGGAUACAUCUUUUCUUGGUAGCGAUGAUAUUGGAAACAUUGAUAUACAAGAACCAGAGCUUGAAGAUUUGGCUAGAUACGAUGUUGGUGCUAUUCGAGCACAUAAUGGUAGUCUUCAGCACCUUACUUGGCUUGGCUUACAGUGGAAUUCAUUGCCUGCUUUACCUGGAAUCCGAAAAUGGCUAAAACAGCUUUUCCAUCAUUUGCCCCAUGAAACCUCAAGGCUUGAAACAAAUGCGCCUGAAUCAAUAUGUAUUUUAGAUCUUGAAGUAUUUCUCCUUGGAGUAGUAUAUACCAGCCACUUACAAUUAAAGGAGAAAUGUAAUUCUGACCACAGCUCCUAUCAGCCGUUAUGCCUGCCGCUUCCUGUAUGUAAACAGCUUUGUACAGAAAGACAAAAGUCUUGGUGGGAUGCGGUUUGUACUCUGAUUCACAGAAAAGCACUACCUGGAAACUCAGCAGAAUUGAGACUUGUAGUUCAGCAUGAAAUAAACACUCUAAGAGCCCAGGAAAAACAUGGCCUUCAACCUGCUCUGCUUGUACAUUGGGCAAAAUGCCUUCAGAAAAUGGGCAGCGGUCUUAAUUCUUUUUAUGAUCAACGACAAUACAUAGGGAGAAGUGUUCAUUAUUGGAAGAAAGUUUUGCCAUUGUUGAAGAUAAUAAAGAAGAACAGUAUUCCUGAACCUAUUGAUCCUCUGUUUAAACAUUUUCAUAGUGUAGACAUUCAGGCAUCAGAAAUUGUUGAAUAUGAAGAAGACGCACACAUAACUUUUGCUAUAUUGGAUGCAAUACAUGGAAAUAUAGAAGAUGCUGUGACUGCUUUUGAAUCUAUACAAAGUGUUGUUUCUUAUUGGAAUCUUGCACUGAUUUUUCACAGGAAGGCAGAAGACAUUGAAAAUGAUGCCCUUUCUCCUGAAGAACAAGAAGAAUGCAGAAAUUAUCUGAGAAAGACCAGGGACUACCUAAUAAAGAUUAUAGAUGACAGUGAUUCAGAUCUUUCAGUGGUCAAGAAAUUGCCUGUGCCCCUGGAGUCUGUAAAAGAGAUGCUGAAGUCAGUCCUGCAGGAACUCGAAGCCUAUAGUGAAGGAGGUCAUCUCUAUACAAAUGGUUCUUUGCGAAAUGCAGAUUCAGAAAUAAAACAUUCUACACCGUCUCCUACCAGAUACUCACUAUCACCAAGUAAAAGUUACAAGUAUUCUCCCGAAACACCACCUCGAUGGGCAGAAGAUCAGAUUUCUUUACUGAAAAUGAUUUGCCAAGAAGUAAAGGCCAUUAAGAAAGAAAUGCAGGAGUUGAAACUAAAUAGCAGUAACUCAGCAUCCCCUCAUCGUUGGCCCACAGAGAAUUAUGGACCAGACUCGGUGCCUGAUGGAUAUCAGGGGUCACAGACAUUUCAUGGGGCUCCACUAACAGUUGCAACUACUGGCCCUUCAGUAUAUUAUAGUCAGUCACCAGCAUAUAAUUCCCAGUAUCUUCUCAGACCAGCAGCUAAUGUUACUCCCACAAAGGGUUCUUCUAAUACAGAAUUUAAGUCAGCCAAAGAAGGAUUUUCCAUCCCUGUGUCUGCUGAUGGAUUUAAAUUUGGCAUUUCAGAACCAGGAAAUCAAGAAAAGAAAAGUGAAAAGCCUCUUGAAAAUGAUACUGGCUUCCAGGCUCAGGAUAUUAGUGGCCAGAAGAAUGCCCAUGGUGUGAUUUUUGGCCAAACAAGUAGCACUUUUUCAUUUGCAUAUGUUGGAAAAUCAACUUCAGGAGAAGGAUUUCAGUUUGGCCAAAAAGACCCCAAUUUCAAGGGAUUUUCAGGUGCUGGAGAAAAAUUAUUCUCAUCACAAUGUGGUAAAAUGGCCAAUAAAGCAAACACUUCCGGUGACUUUGAGAAAGAUGAUGAUGCCUAUAAGACUGAGGACAGCGAUGACAUCCAUUUUGAACCAGUAGUUCAAAUGCCUGAAAAAGUAGAACUUGUAACCGGAGAAGAAGGUGAAAAAGUUCUGUAUUCACAGCGGGUAAAACUAUUUAGAUUUGAUGCUGAGAUAAGUCAGUGGAAAGAAAGGGGCUUGGGGAACUUAAAAAUCCUCAUAAAUGAGCUCAAUGGCAAACCAAGAAUGCUGAUGCGAAGAGACCAAGUACUGAAAGUGUGUGCUAAUCAUUGGAUAACAACUACAAUGAACCUGAAGCCCCUCUCUGGAUCAGAUAGAGUAUGGAUGUGGUUAGCCAGUGAUUUCUCUGAUGGUGAUGCCAAACUAGAGCAGUUGGCAGCAAAAUUUAAAACACCAGAGCUGGCUGAAGAAUUCAAGCAGAAAUUUGAGGAAUGCCAGCGGCUUCUGUUAGACAUACCACUUCAAACUCCCCAUAAACUUGUAGAUACUGGCAGAGCUGCCAAGUUAAUACAGAGAGCUGAAGAAAUGAAGAGUGGACUGAAAGAUUUCAAAACAUUUUUGACAAAUGAUCAAACAAAAGUCACUGAGGAAGAAAAUAAGGGUUCAGGUACAGGUGCAGCCGGUGCCUCAGACACAACAAUAAAACCCAAUCCUGAAAACACUGGGCCCACAUUAGAAUGGGAUAACUAUGAUUUAAGGGAAGAUGCUUUGGAUGAUAAUGUUAGUAGUAGCUCAGUACAUGAUUCUCCGUUGGCAAGUAGCCCUGUGAGAAAAAAUCUUUUCCGCUCUGAUGAGUCGACAACAGGAUCUGACUUCAGUUUUAAAUCUGCUUUGAGUCUAUCUAAGUCUCCUGCCAAGUUGAAUCAGAGUGGGACUUCAGUUGGCACUGAUGAAGAAUCUGAUGUUACUCAAGAAGAAGAGAGAGAUGGACAGUACUUUGAACCUGUUGUUCCUUUACCUGAUCUAGUUGAAGUAUCCAGUGGUGAGGAAAAUGAACAAGUUGUUUUUAGUCACAGGGCAGAACUCUACAGAUAUGAUAAAGAUGUUGGUCAAUGGAAAGAAAGGGGCAUUGGUGAUAUAAAGAUUUUACAGAAUUAUGAUAAGCAAGUUCGUAUAGUGAUGAGAAGGGACAAAGUAUUAAAACUUUGUGCCAAUCACAGAAUAACUCCAGACAUGAGUUUGCAAAAUAUGAAAGGGACAGAAAGAGUAUGGGUGUGGACUGCAUGUGAUUUUGCAGAUGGAGAAAGAAAAGUAGAGCAUUUAGCUGUUCGUUUUAAACUACAGGAUGUUGCAGACUCGUUUAAGAAAAUUUUUGAUGAAGCAAAAACAGCCCAGGAAAAAGAUUCUUUGAUAACACCUCAUGUUUCUUGGUCAAGCACUCCCAGAGAGUCACCAUGUGGCAAAAUUGCUGUAGCUGUAUUAGAAGAAACCACAAGAGAGAGGACAGAUGUUAUUCAGGGUGAUGAUGUAGCAGAUGCAGCUUCAGAAGUUGAAGUGUCUAGCACAUCUGAAACAACAAAAAAAGCGGUGGUUUCUCCUGCAAAGUUUGUAUUUCGUUCAGAGUCUGUUAAAAGCAUUUUUAGUAGUGAAAAAUCAAAACCAGUUGCAUUUGGCAACAGUUCUGCCACUGGGUCUUUGUUUGGAUUUAGUUUUAAUGCACCUUUGAAAAGUAACAAUAGUGAAACUAGUUCAGUAGCCCAGAGUGGAUCUGAAAGCAAAGUGGAACCUAACAAAUGUGAACUGUCAAAGAACUCUGAUAUCGAACAGUCUUCAGAUAGCAAAGUCAAAAAUCUCUCUGCUUCCUUUCCAACGGAAGAAUCUUCAAUCAACUACACAUUUAAAACACCAGAAAAGGAACCUCCAUUAUGGCAUGCUGAAUUUACCAAAGAAGAAUUGGUUCAGAAGCUCAGUUCCAUCACAAAAAGUGCAGAUCACUUAAACGGCCUGCUUCGGGAAACAGAGGCAGCCAAUGCAGUCCUUAUGGAGCAAAUUAAGCUUCUCAAAAGUGAAAUAAGAAGAUUGGAAAGGAAUCAAGAGCGAGAGAAGCCUGCAGCUAACGUGGAACACUUGAAGAACGUCUUGCUGCAGUUCAUUUUCUUGGAGCCAGGUAGUGAAAGAGAGAGACUUCUUCCUGUUAUAAAUACGAUGUUGCAGCUCAGCCCUGAAGAAAAGGGAAAACUUGCUGCGGUUGCUCAAGAUGAGGAAGAAAAUGCUUCCCGUUAUUCUGGAUGAGCAUCCUAUCUUCGUAGUUGGUUUGGACUUCCGAUAGGUUGAUGGAAGGAAUACUGUUAUUAACCAAAUAGAAUCUGUUUACAAAAAUGGUUCGUGUGUGUUACCAUCAUUCUUUUGUCAAAAAGUGUGUAUAUAUGUUUGCAUUUACAUAUACUUGUACAUCUGUAUGACAGAUGUAUUUUAAAAGUUUCAACUCGAAGUAAAAAUACAACAGCUUGAAGUGUUGAUACCAGGCCACAGCCCUCUAACUCAUGUGAUCUCCCAUGCAUGCUGCCAGAAUAAAACCACCAGGAAUGAAUUCACUCCCCACUUCUCUGGAACCUCAGAACCCGCCCAUUUCUCAGCAGUACUGUGAAUUUUGAAGUUAAACUAAAUUUUGGUACCAUACCAACUGGAAUUUAGGCUUUAAAAAUAAUGUUUCAAGGCCAGGUGUGGUGAUUCAUGCCUGAAAUCCCACUACUUUGGGAGGCUGAGGCUGGAGAAUUGCUUGAGGCUGGUGAGCUGUGAUUGUACCACUGCACUCCAGCUCGGGGAACAGAGCGAGACCUUGUGUCUAAAAAUAAUAAUAGUAAUAAAAAUAACGUUUUAUGACUAUUUAUUGCAGGGUCAGAUUUACAGAUUGUUAUAAAUUGUUGAGAAACUUUUGUGAUUAGAAUAUGAAGGAAAAAGCUUUGUUGGUAAAAGUGACAUGUUAAGGGGCUAUGAAGUAAAUAUGCUGCAGUUAAUUAUGCUAAGUUAAAAUACAGUUUAGUUAUUUGCUUUAAAAUAAACUCUUCUUUUUUUCUUUAUACUAUCUCAAAACUCAUUAUGUUGUCAGAGCCCUAGAGCUGGCUAGUGUAACACUGACUAUGAAUAGGUGGGCCCACCACUUCAGUUGAGGUGAUUUCAUGGUGUCUUUCCAGGCUCUUGGUAUGGUGUCACUGCAUGCAAGCCAUGAAUCUGUUUUGAGAAUCCUCUCCAUUUUCCCAAAUAAAAACCUAUCCCAACAGUGACUAUAUCACUCAGCAUUGGAUCUAAAUAUAAAACUGGUGCUUUCAGUGUUUUUGGCAGAUAGUGUUCCAUAAGCUUUCCAUCAGAAGGGAUUUUAGACACCUUAGAGGUCCGUGCUACAUCUUCACAGUUCCUCCGAAUAACCUUAGGUGGUAGUGUUACUUGCCUUUGACACCUGUGCAUAUGUUUUAAUGACUAGAUCCAAACUGUGUUGUUCUUAAAUCAAAAAUUGGAUAAUUUUUAAUAUUUAUGUAUUAAUCACACAGUAUGCUCUCUGAAGUUCUCUUAAGCCUUCAGUUUAUACUCUUAAUUUUCUUUCUGAGCUGGGGAACUGACUUUGCACUUUGGUUACACAGAACAUUGGUUUCCAAUUUAGUUUAACUGAAAUUUGCUGCUGAUAUGUUGAGUUUGUUCUUUAAAAAAUAUCUCAUAUAUCUCGUCUUUCCUCCUUAGAAGAACAGACCUAACUAGCGAAUGUAUGAAUGAAAAUGCAUCUAUUUCAGAGCCGACAUGAAGAGUUUAGUUUUUUUACUUUAUAAACUGUGAAUAUGAGUAUGCCAGCUGCAUACGAUGUAACUAAUCAUAUUUAAAUAUAUUUCACUUUGACUUUAGACCUUUUGAAGUCUGUAUAAACUUGUUUUGAAAUACAGUCUCCACUUAUGAAUGUCAUAACAAAAUACUUUUUUGCAUGAUAAAAAAUUACUUUGAUUACAAAAGGCAUAUUCUUUCAUGGUUUCUGCAAUGAGAGGAAGUGUAGUGAUUAUUUUAAUAUUUCUAUUAAAUAUGUUUAACUGUAUAUUUUUAUGGCUGCUCUUUUAUGUUACCCACUGUCUCUUUGGGGUUGUUAAUUGGUUUCUGAAAGGGAACUUCAAACUCCUUUACUACUGGCCUUCCAUGGUUGGUCCCUAUUAGGUUGUUGAGAGAACGUCGACCAACUCUUUGAUACCCGCCAGGUAGGCCGUAGUACCUGCCAUGUCUGAUACCCUGCAUCCAGCUAAAACCAGAAACAGCGCUGGGCCUCCCUGUGGACAAGACAUUGAUUUGACCAGAAGCAGAUGUCUGGCUAAGGCUGCCAACCAAAGGGUGGCCUUAGAUGAAGGGCUUUGUUCAGUUAGGGGCAGAGGUCAUUAAUUUUUUUUUUUUUUUUUUUGAGACAGAGUCUUGCUCUGUCGCCCAGGCUGGAGUGCAAUGGCAUGAUCUCGGCUCACUGCAAGCUCUGCCUCCCAGGUUCACGCCAUUCUCCUGCCUCAGCCUCCUAAGUAGCUGGGACUACAGGCGCCCGCCACCAUGCCCGGCUAAUUUUUUGUAUUUUUAGUAGAGACGGGGUUUCACCGUGUUAGCCUGGAUGGUCUCGAUCUCCUGGAGGUAAUUGAUUUCUUUGGAUGUUUGGACUAGGAGAUGGGGAGAGACAGAGCAGAAAGAGAAACACAGAUGCCACAAGGAGGAACAGAGCUGACCCUGGAUAGGACUGGACACAGCAGCCAGACCAAGAGAGGCAUCUAGUGAGAAGCAGCUCUUCAGCCCUGGGCCUGGUGCACACAUCACUCCUUGGUUUCUAAGAACCAAAUUUGGCCCAGCACAGUGGCUCAUGCCUGUAAUCCCAGCACCUUGGGAGGCCAAAGCGGGUAGAUCAUGAGGUCAAGAGAUCAAGACCAUCCUGGCCAACAUGGUGAAACCCCGUCUCUACUAAAAACACACAAAAAAUCAGCUGGGCAUGGUGGCAUGCACCUGUAGUCCUAGCUACUUGGGAGGCUGAGGCAGGAGAAUCACUUGAACCCAGGUGGCAGAGUCCAGUGAGCUGAGAUCACACUACUGCACUCCAGCCUGGUGACAGAGUGAGACUCUGUCAAAAAAAUAAAAUAAAGCCAAAUUCAUACAGUCCCUGAGGAGUGGGAACUGAUGCACAUCUCUUGUAUACAAGAAGCUAUGCUUGUGCUCUGAACCGUGUAAGAUUGAGAAUUGUAUUCUUUUAAAGAAAGUUCGGCAGAACUGUAACUGAAUUACUAACAAGGCACUGAGAAGGCAUACCGUACUUUGUAUUCUUUUUAAAGUCCCUGUUAGGUGGUGAUGUAGCUGGAAGUGUAUAGUAUUGAGGAUGUAAAGUUUCCCCUAAAAAAUUUUUGGUAUUUGGCGAAUGGCAUAACACAUCAAAAAAUUGGUUGUAUCAUAUGAUUAAAUUGCAAUGUGAUGAUUUCAA